CUUUCUCAUGCUUGCCAAUUUUUCCUUAACACUCUAAACGGUGCGUUUUGAACGUGGGGUUUUAGGGAUUUGUUUUUCUCCUCUCUUUCAAAAAAGAGCUCACUCCCUUCUCAUCUCGCUGUCACCAAACUGAGGCCAGGGGUCUGUUUUGAGUACAACAACUAUGCACAGUAUUCACCGGAUUAUAUCUCGACUUUCUUCUACUGCGUUAAGCACAAGUGCUAAUGCUGCAAGAUUUCUAAAAGAACAAACAAGACCCACUUUUGGAAAUGGCAAAAGGGUUGCGUUGGUAAAUGGGAUUGGAGCUUAUCAAGAUAUGGCGUCCAGGUUCUUCUCAGCGAAGUCAGGAGGAAGUGAGGGUGGAGAUGAUUGGGAUAGUGCAGUUGGAUCUUUUGGUGGCUCUGAGUCUGUUACUGAUGGUGAUGGCCUUGGUUGGGGCUCAGCUUCAUCAUGGUCAACUGGAUUGACUAAGGACCAUUUUGAUGGAGUAGAAGUGGUGGGCCAAAGGACUUCUAGUUCUAGUACUGAUAGUGGAAAAGAUGGUGGAGAUGGAAUGAAAGAUACAUCUCAGUAUGCGAUGGCCUAUGAUUUGCAAGACACUGAAGAUUGGAUAAGAGAAUAUGAGUCUGAGAAUAAAAGGAGUGCAGCUUUUGUGGCUGGAUGGAAUAAGAGGAUUGACGAACUUAAAGUGUUGAUGGAUCAAAUAAAGGAGCCUGGUUUAAGAGGUUCUUACUUGAAGGACUCAGAAAAGGCAGAGAUGUAUCGGUUGCAUAAGGAAAAUCCUGAAGUUUACACUGUUGAGAAGCUUUCUAAGGAUUACAGGAUUAUGAGGCAAAGGGUGCACGCAAUUCUUUGGUUGAAAGAAAUUGAGGAGGAAGAGGAAAAGAAGCUUGGUCAUCCCUUGGAUGAUUCUAUUGAGCUUUUGCUUGAUAAGUUCCCAGAAUUUUUCAAAUCCCAUGACCGAGAAUUCCAUGUCGCUUCCCUUACUUACAAGCCUGAAUUCAAGGUGAUGCCAGAGGGCUGGGAUGGUACCAUCAAAGAUAUGGAUGAAGUCCACUAUGAGAUAUCCAAGAAGGAGGAUGAGAUUCUUUAUCAAGAAUUUGUUCUGAGGAUGAACUUCAACAAAAUGAAAAUGGCAGGACAGGUGAAAUGCCACAAGUAUAGUAGGCGCCGCUCUUCUCAAGGUUGGAACUUCACAGUGGAGAAAUUGGGGAAAAAAGGAAAACGUGGAGGUGGUGGUGGCUGGAAGUUUGUGAGCUUGCCCGAUGGGUCCAGCCGGCCACUGAAUGACACUGAGAAAAUCUAUGUCAAACGAGAAACUCCUCGCCGCAGGCGCAGGAGCAGGAUUUUUGAUUAAGUUAGCUUGUUAGAUAGAUAUUUAAAUAGAUGUCGAACUCUGCUUUACUUGAUCCAGCUUAGCAGAUUGUUUUGGGAAAUUUUCUGUAGCCAGAGCAGCUAGCUGCUGUUUUACAUGUUAUUCAGGUUUGGAAUCAGGUCUAUUUGAAGAUGUCCUAAUACCUGAAGGCAACUUGGAUAUUUAUUUUCUCAGAUGAAGAUUUUGUUAGCUACUGCCAUUAAUUGGGAUGUUUUCUUAAUGACCUAGUUUCCUUGGAGUCUCGCA